AUGCCCUCGGGCUCUGAUAGCUCCAGCAGCGACCUCGAGAUCAUCGGCAGCAGCACCAGCCUCAGUCCCGCCCCGGCAGCACGUUCCUUCGGCACCAGCCCGCAGCGCCAGUCGGCCAGCAGCGCGCAGCCUGGCAGUCGGCCGGCGCCCGACGGCGCGAGCGGCUCGAGCCCGCAGGUGGGAGCGGCGGCGCCGGCAAGGGGCAGCAGGGGCAGCACGGUGCAGCAGGAUGUGAGCAAGGGCAAGGGCAAGGGCAAGUCGGUCGAGACGAUCGAGAUCAGCUCGUCGGACGACUCGGACGAGGAGCGUCUUCCGCUGCCGAGCACACUCUCGCAGACGCGACCACGCCUGUUGGCCAAGCCGCAGCCGCGCUUCUCGCUCCCCCACCCCUCGACCGCCCAUCGCCCUCGUCCGGUUCCGCGUCGGUCUGAGCCCGCCGCACGCUCCCUCGCCACCGUCACGCUGUCAUCAAGCGGCAGCGAGGGCGACGACGAGAAGUUGUCCCGGCCGGUGGCAGCCGUGUCGGCGCGGCCGACCUCGUCGCAGGGCGCGGCCGCAAGCGGCACGACGAGGCCUGAAGACGGGCUGUCCGUCGGGCUUAUCGUCCCUCGAGCAGCCGUGCAGGGGCAAGACGCAGCUCGAACGCGCUCGAGCCCUGCACCGGCCACGUCCACCCCUUCUCGAGACGCCGCGCGCCCGUCGACCUCGGCGCCGGAGAAGCAUGCGACCACGUCGCAAGCGCAUCCCUCUCCGGUCCUGAGCCGCCUACCUGCUUCUAUCCGCAAGGGCGCCUCGAGGGCCGCCUCGCGACCUGGUACGACCGUCGUCGAGCCACCUUCCACCGUCGCCUCAACCUCGGCUCCCCGCACCUCCUUCCCUUCCCCUCGGCCACGCCUUCCAUCCUCGUCGCAGCCUCGCGUUCGCGCAUCCCCUCUCUCGCACACGAGCGACGCAGGACCAGUCCGCGCCUCGUCCCCUCCCGCCUCGGGCCAGCACGAGCCCGCUCCGUCAGCAAACCGGCUCCCGACCGACAUCCUCAGCAAGUACGGCCUCGCAACGCCCUCGACGUCGUCGGCAGUGCCUCGAGCCGCUCUAGAACCUGCACGGCGUGCUCCCGCCGUGUCCAACGCGUCCGCCGCGCGAGCGACGUCGAGCGUCGAGUCGGACGUCGAGUUCGUCCGCGUCGGCCGCCUCGCCGUGCGGGCGUCGUCGAGCAGCGACCCGCAGCCCGACCCGCAGCCCGACCUGCAGAUCGCGGCGCAGCCGCAGUCGCUCGCGCACGGGCGGGUCGCUACGGUCGCUCGCGAGUCGCCGAGCGAGGCAGCGCCGCGAGCGUCGCCGGGUCCGUCGGCCAAGCCGGUCGAGCUCGUCGGCCUGUCGGCUACGCCGCGUGCAGCAGAGCGGCUGCGCUCGGCAGCUGUCGGAGCCGGAGCGUCGUCGACGAGCAGCAGUGCCGCGCAGGCCUCCUCGGCCGCAGCAGCGGCUGUCGGCGGCCCUGCACCGGGUACGGCGGCAGCGUCGGUCGGCUCGGCCGGGACGAGGACGUCGCCGACAGUAGAGGACCAGGCGCGAGGAGGCGAGCGGGAGCAGCAGGAGGAGAUCGUCGAGAAGCAGGAGCCGCCGUCCGUCCCGGGCCGCGCGGGCAAGACGGCGGCGGCAGCGGCGCCGGCGGCGCCCGGUCCGGGGCGUACUUCGCUCGACGCGGUCGCGUCGCACAAGCCCGACCCCGACGAUCAGCUCGGCGCGACCGACGAGCUCGCCCAGCACGCCGCCGCAGCACCCGAUCAAGUCGCUGCGACGGCCCGAGCGCCUCGCGCCGCAGCUGUCGUCGCGCAGCACAAGGACCCGAGCUCUCCAGGCGCCUCGCGCCCUGCGCACGCCGGCGCCGUUCCCGUCGUUCCUGCCUCCUCGACGGCGGUCGGCUCGGCUCGACAGCCGGCGCCGGUUGGAGGGCGGGCGAGCGAGUCGCGCCCGGUCUCGCGAGCAGGCGACUCGGACUCGCACAUCCGCGAGGGCAUUGUCGAGGACCAGGAGGACGGCGGCGAGAAGGGCCGAGGCGCAGCUGCCCUCGGCGGUACGGUCGGCGCGCAAGGUCGGCCGGCGCCGCACGUUCUCGACAGCCCGGCCUCAUCUCGCGCAACCUCGCAGUCGUCGAGCACGGCUAGCGUCGCCCCGGCCCGGCUCAACACGGCGCGCAAGUCGACGGGAGGGCUCGUCCCUGGCGCCGCCCGUUCUCGCCCGGUCGCGCGCAAGUCGAUGGGCUCGCGGCAAGCAGGCCCCGUCCAAGCUCCUUCGUCGGCGACCUCGUCGACUGGGUCGGCUUCUCCGGCCCCGUCCGUCCUGUCGCGCGGCGCCGGCACCGCGAGAAAGUCGACCGGCGGGCGACCAGUACGGGCGCCUGCAGCCCCAACGCGCUCGAGCACAUCGACGUCCUCGUCGUCAUCUCUCUCGUCCGCAUCCUCCUCGGACGCAGGCGACUCGGACUCGAGCGCGUCGGCUCCCGCCCGCGCCGGGGCCGCUCCUCCACGCCCACCCGAGCGCGCCGUCGCAUCCUCGAGCCUCGCCCUCCCGGCUCCCGAGAUGCCCAAGGGCUCGCUCCCGACGUCGACUGCUCGGCGUCCGGUCACGGGCCGCAAGUCAAACGGUGGACGUGCCCCAGUCGCGCCGUCCCGCAGCGCGCACUCGGCCGAGCCAUCCUCUGCAGCGCUCCCGGCCAAGCGCAAAGGUCCGCCUUCACCGGCGUCGUCCACGACGAGCACCGACGCGCCGCAGAAGAAGCGUCGACGGUACGCCGACGACGAGAUCGUCACCGCCGACGCCGCCAAGGAGCGCGAGCAGCUCGGCUUGAGCCGUCGCCUGCGCAAGAGUCGUUCGCGAGCCGGCGAGGUCGUCGUCGAGCAAGCCGAGCCGCUCGUUCUCGAGCCCGACACGGCGGUCGCCGUCGGGAUGGGCGACCAGGGCAAGGUCGACGACAUCGAGGACAAGAUCGAGCAGUUCAAGCGCAUUGAGGCGAGCGAGCGACCCUGGAACCGCCUCAUCGCCGGCCCGUCGUACAACCUCGACGCCGAGUUCGAUAUUACGAUCCAGAACGAGGUCAACCGGCGAGAGCGGCGGUGGGCAAGGCGGCACCCGGACAAGCACCUGUUGCGCGAGAGCUACAAGACCCUGUUCGAGCUCAUGAUCCUCGAGGCCAACGCCAAGGAGUACUCGCCGCACCGACCCGAGCGCCGGCCCAAGAUUCGUGUCCUGCCGCCGACCGGCCAGAGCGCGCACCACUGGUCGAGCCCGCCGUUCGAGUUCAUCUACACGAACCGCGUCAUCUACUCGGACGGCAUCUGCCCGGUGCAGGCGCCCGGGUGCGGGUGCAAGGGCAACUGCGGCUCAUCGUCCAACAGGGCCAAGUGUGCCUGUCGCCGGCGCCAGAUCGAGUCGUCGACUACCCGUCCAGGCGGCGUCGAGCGCUCGGGCCACCGCGACUUUGCCUACGACGACGGCAAGCUCGUCGACGUCGUCUUCAACCGGCUCGAGCCAAUCAUCGAGUGCAACUCGGAGUGCGGGUGCGGGCCCGAGUGCGUCAACCGGAUUGUCGGGCUGCGUCCAAGCGUGAGCGUUGACAUCUACCACACGGGCCAGAACGGCUGGGGUGUGCGGCUUGCGCCGACGUACAAGAACGAGCUCGGCGAGACGCACGUCGCUCGCGUCAUCGAGCGCGGCGAGCCCCUCGCCAUUUAUGCCGGCGAGCUGCUCCGCACGCCUGACGCUGUCGCCCGAGACGACCUCGUCUACUCGUAUUUGAAUCGGACCUACAUCUACGAUCUCGACAGCUGGACGAUUCCCGAGGACAUCCAGGCGCUCGCUCCCCUCAACGCGCCGAGCCAGUCCGACAUCGUCCAGAAGGACAGCUCACACAUGUCGGCCGAACAUGCGGCGCCGUCGAGCAAGGGCAAGGGCAAGAGCAAGAGCAAGAAGAAGCCGACGCCGGCGCCGGCCGAGGAGGUCGACAACACGCCCACCUUCUCGUCGCUCUACUCGAUCGACGCGUUCAACGUUGGCAAUUGGACCCGGUUCGCCAAUCACGUGUGCGAGGGCUUCAACGUCGCGCCGAGGCCAGUCUACGUCGACGACGGCGACGUUUCGCGGCCGCUGUGGGUCUACUUUGCCCUGCGCGACAUCAUGCCCGGCGAGGAGAUUAACAUCUCGUACGCCGGCGAGGAGGAGCCAGACCCGUCGGCGUGGGGCUACACGCGUGCGCAAUGGAGGGCGGCGGCCGACAAGUCGCGGCGCGAGGCGGACAAGGCGCACCGAUGCUACUGCGGCAAGCCGCUGUGUCGAGGGCGCAUGUUCAACAACGACGAGGCCGCGUUCUGGGAGAGGGGAGACGGGCUCGCGCGCUCGUGA